CGCAGCGGUAGAAGUUCACCAGAAGCUGAGGAGGCAGAUGGACCUUCUUUAGUCUCCUCAGGAAGAAGAGACGCUGGUGAGCCUUGGGUUCCAAGGCUGUUUGUCAAGAAAAUGAAGGUUACCCAUUUAAGGAAUAUUCAUUAAAUCUCCAAACAAUAUGAAGGAUGAACCCAAAGCGUCGGACAGCAUCUUUGGAUGGAAAUGAAUGGUUAAUGUAUCGUCAAAACCCUGUAUCAGGACUGAACAUGGAGAGGGAAGAUAUCCAGUAUGAAAAAUAGAGAGGGAGUGGUGAGGAGAAACAAAAUUCUGUCAUUAACUUUACAGUUCUGAACAGAGAAGGUGUAAGAUUUGGCUUUGUCCACCACAUAUUGAAUGCCUGAUUCCCUUUUGCGGGACAUGGAUGUUACCUAAUAUUGUGUCACAAAUGUUCCUUAUUACCAGGAUCCAAAAACCUGAAUAUGGACCAACUAUGACUAUCUGCAGCCAGACUGUUCGUCUACCUGAAGGGUGAAAAGAACGGAGUUGAAUGUGACAAUCAGUUAAUAUUCCUAAGCAAAUAACAACGUGCAGGAUGAAGUCAGCGGAUCACGUGGCAUGUGUAGAGGGAAUUGACAGGCGGUGGUUUGGGUUAGGACCCUUCUUCAACCCAUAGAACUGGAGGGAAUAAAUGAUUGAUGCUUGGCGUGGACUCGAUGGGCCAAAGGGCCUGUUUCCAUGCUGUAUCUUUCAUUUAAUCCAGUUGAAAGAUACAGCUUGGGUGUAGGUUAGGGCAAGUAAGUCUCAAAUGAAGGACAGGCAGGGUGGGGUGAAGUAAUAUGGUGAUGCUGAUGGGCUGAAGUGUGUUUAAUUUCAAUACAAGAAGUAUUGUGGAGUAAGCAGAUUAACUUAAUCCUGGAUUGAUGCUUGAGACUAUGAUGUUGUGGCCACUGUGCAAACAUGGUUGCAAGAGGGACAUGACUGACUGCUCAAUGUUCUGGAGGUUCGAUAUUUCAGACAUGAUCCAAAAGGAGGCAAAAGAGAUGGAGGGUUUAUGCUACUGAUCAGGGAGACUAUCAUGGCACCAUUCAGAGAGGACAUAUUGGAGGAUUUGUCCACUGUGGCAGUAUGGGUGGAGUUAAAAUACGAAAGGUGCAAGCACUCUAAUGACAUUAUGCUCUGGAUUCCCCAAUAGCUAGCGGGAGAUAGAGGAACAAAUAUGUAGACAGAUUACCGAAAGAUGCCAAAGCAACAGGGCUGACUAAGUGAGUGGUCUUAAUGACUAGGACUUAUUCAGUGCCACUUUCUUAGAUGGAGCAGAAUUUGUGAAGAGGGUUUCUUGAAACAAUAUGUGGAUACUAACUUGAGAAGAGAAUAUACGGGAUGUGUUGGGAAAUGAAUUUGGCCAGGUAACUGGUGUUUCAGUGAAAGAGCACUAUGGGGAUAGUGAUCACAGAUCCAUAAGUUUGGAAAUUAUUUUGAAUAGCGAGAAGAAUGGACGUUGUGGGAAUCGGAGUAAGGCAAACUACAAUGUUAUUAGGUGCUCGGGAGGGUACACUGGGACAAUUGUUGUUGGGUAAAUCCAUAUCUGACAUGUGGAAGCUGUUUAAAGGCCAGUUGAUCAAUAUUCAGAACCGGCAUGUUCAAGUGGGGAGGUGGGAUAAGGAUGGUAAAGUAAGUGAACCUUGGAUGACUAAAGAGGAUGUAAAUUUGGUCAAAAAGGAAAAGGAAGUGCAUGCAAGGUUUAGGAGGUUGGGAUCAUGCAGGGCCUUUGAGGAAUAUAAAGAAAGGAGGAAAGAACUUAAACAGGUGAGUGGAAGGGUCAAAAGGGGUCACAAAAUGGUUUUGGUGAUUUGGAUUAAAUAAAAUCACAAAGCUCUUCAUAUCCAUAUUAAAAACUAGAGGAUAACCAGGUAGAAGGUAAGACCACUGAAGGAUAAGGAGGGAAUUUGUGCUUGGAAUCUGGGGAUGUAGGCAAGGUUCUAAAUGAAUACUUUGCAUCCAUUUUCACCAAGGAGAAGGACAAGGAGGACAGUGAGAUCAGUGUGGAGAAUAUUAAUAUGCAAGGGCAAUUUGAGAUUAAGAAGGAGGAGGUGUAAGGGCUCUUGAAGAGCAAUAAGGUGGAUAAAUCCCCAGGACCUGAUGGGAUUUAUCCCAGGUUAUUGAGAGAGGCAAGAGAGGAGGUUGUGGGAGCCUUGACGAAGAUCUUUGCCUCCUGUCUCACUGCAGGUGAGGUCCUGGAGGACUGAGGAGCAGCUAAUGUUGUUCAUUUAUUUAAGAGAAGUCAUGGGGAAAAAUCCAGGGAAUUAUAGGUCAGCAAGCCUCUCGUCAGUGGUAAAGAAAUUAUUGAAGAGCAUUAUUUGGAGUAGGAAUUACUCAAAUUUGGAAGAGAAUGGGACAAUCAACAUGCGAGGUCAUGUCUUACUAACUUGAAUGAGUAUUUUGAGGAGAUGAUGAAAGCAUGAUGGUCGAUGUUGGAUUUUAGUAAGGCAUUUAAUAAAGCUCCCCAUAUUAGGAUGAUCCCAUAGAUUAAAAUGUGUGGGAUUAACAGUGACUUGGCCAUAUGGAUUUGGAAUUGGUUUACUGAUUGAAGAGAAAGGGUUGUGGUGGAAGGACAAUAUUCGUGAUGGAGGUCUGUGACCAGUGGAGCUCUGCAGGGAUCUAUGCCGGGAUCACUGCUGUUUAUGAUAUACACACAUGACUUGGACACAAAGGGAGACGGACUGGAUAGUAAGUUUGCAGAUGAGACCAGAUUGCUGGGACUGUGGACAGUGAGGAAAGCUGUCAAAGUAUACAGCAGGAUAUAGAAUAGAAUAGAAUGCAAUUUAUUGUGUAGAUCAGCACAGUUAAGGUUUCCACCUCAUUAACCUAGAAAGCCUUCCUCUGACAUGAUGCUUGACUGGUUAAUUAUGUGGUCCACUGAGUCGCAUGUAUUAUCCCCAAAAAAACAUUAAAAGAAGCGGUCUAUUUCAUGCUCGUUCGAUGAAUGGUGUUGUACCGAGUCAGAGGCAAUGGAACUCGACGGCAAUUAGGACCCAGGGCGUUGCUCCUGAUGUUUCUCUCUCUCCCUCUCUCUCUCCCGGAGAAUGGGCUGUGCUGGCGCUAACGCGAACAUACACACUCCACCUCCCGCAUCAUGAGAUUUUCUUAGAUCCAUUUGCUUUCUGUUCCACUUAUCCACAAGGGGCUUAGAGAAGUUGAGCUGCAGUUUCGGGCUGCGGAUGGCAAAGGCUGGCAGUUUGCAACGGCACCCCUUUGAAGAGGUGACAUGCAGUUGUUAAUAGCCCAGAUUAUGUGCGUGCUGUUGCUGACAGACACCACAGCUGCAAGAACGAUGAAGUUCCUUGCGGAGAUGGAGGAUACUCUCUUGAAGAACUUGUUUCUAGGAUAUCAGAAGUGGGUGAGGCCAGUGAGAAACCGCAAUGAUACAAUAAGAGUAAAGUUUGGACUUGAAAUCUCCCAGCUCGUUGAUGUGGAUGAGAAGAAUCAACUGAUGGCAACAAAUGUUUGGUUAAAGCAGGAAUGGAAUGACUAUAAGCUGAGCUGGAAUCCAGAUGAUUAUGGUGGCAUUAGCAUAGUCAGAGUUCCUUCUGAGUCCAUAUGGCUGCCCGACAUUGUCUUGUAUGAAAAUGCAGAUGGACAUUUUGAGUCCUCCAUCAUGACAAAGGCUAUUGUAAAAUACAACGGGACCGUGAGGUGGACACCUCCUGCGAGCUACAAGAGCUCUUGUACAAUAGAUGUCACUUUUUUUCCAUUCGACAAACAGAACUGCUCAAUGAAAUUUGGAUCGUGGACCUAUGAUGGUGGAUUGGUUGACCUCAUUCUCGUAGACCAAGAUGUGGACCAGAAGGAUGUUUUUGACAAUGGAGAGUGGGAAAUCUUAAAUGCCACUGGGAUGAAAGGGACGAGAAGCGAUGAUUAUUAUUCUUAUCCAUUUAUCACCUAUUCUUUUAUAUUGAGGCGCUUGCCUUUGUUCUACACAUUGUUCCUGAUUGUCCCUUGCCUAGGCUUAUCUCUUCUAACUGUUCUGGUAUUUUACUCACCGUCAGAUGAAGGGGAGAAGCUAUCAUUGUCCACUUCAGUUCUAGUCUCCUUGACUGUGUUCCUCUUGCUCAUUGAAGAAAUAAUCCCUUCCUCUUCAAGGGUUAUCCCUUUGAUUGGCGAGUACUUAUUAUUCAUUAUGAUCUAUGUCACCCUCUCGAUCAUUGUCACUGUCUUUGUUAUAAACGUUCAUCACCGAUCCUCAACCACUUACCACCCCAUGGCCCCAUGGGUCAAGAAGCUGUUUCUUCAAACCCUUCCCAGACUUUUGUGCAUGAGGGGCCACACUGAUCGCUACCACCACUGUCCAGGAAGUGCUCCAAAUAGUCCAAAGGGAAAGCAAAAAGCCAAUGAGAAGCAUCGUCAUACCUCUUCGACAAGGAGUGAAGAACAUGCAGCAAUGGUGACCAUCCUAGAAAAGGCUGCUGAGUCGGUGAGAUACAUCUCAAGCCACAUAAAGAAGGAGCAUUCCAUUCGAGAGGUUGUGGAAGACUGGAAAUUUGUAGCUCAAGUUCUCGACCGGAUUUUCUUAUGGAUAUUUUUGCUGGUGGCCAUUCUUGGAUCAAUAUUGAUAUUUGCACCAGCGCUUCGAAUGUGGGAGAGCAUUGUCAUAAUGCCCAAUUGAAACUAUACUAACUAAUCAAAGAUGUAGCCCAUUGAUAUUUUGGAGCUGGUUUGCAAAUAUAUUGCUUGUUACAAGAUUCUAGACAAAAGAAUUAUAUUUUGUUGGAAAAUGAUUUGAUAAAUAGUUAUUUAAAAGGCAUGGGGACAUACAUGUUCAUAGAUAAUGGACAGGGUUUUCACUAGAUUUCUACGGAAAUACCAAAAUCUUUAAUCAAAUUAAUAAAAGGGGUAAAUUAUGUACAGGGCAAUUCAGAUUUCUGUGUAUUUUGGCAAAUAACUAAAAAGUAUUGAAUUGGAUGUUGAACUUGUCAGAGUGACUGCACUCUUAGGUCAAAUAAAUUCUUGCAACGAUGUUUCUCGCUAAUUCCUGCCUUUGAGUGGAAACAUGGAAAAAUACGAACAAAAAUGAACCCUUUAACCCUUCAAGCCUGCUACCCCAUUCAAUACAAUACUCCAGUUAAAUGCCAUGUUCCUGCUUGUAAACCUAGUGUUCCUAAGAUGCCAGUUUUAUUAUAAAAGUAAGGAUUAUUCUUUUUCAUUGAUAGAUAAAUUGGCCAUCCUUCAGUGUCCUGACUGGUAAAUGAUUCUGUGUAUGUAUCUGACAUCAAUUGCAGUAAGAUCAGACAUGUCUGUGAUGGGUGUUAUUAUUUUGUGAUUUCCUCUAAUUUAAGUUACAUUCAUCAAACUGCAUUCCUAUUAAAUGUAACAAAGGACAGUUGUAAUGCAAUUGUUGAAAGUUCUGUUCAAAAAUGUGAUCAGGAUGCACCGUUCCAUGGAAGAUUUUCCAUUCAUUGGGAGGCAAAUAAAUUUGAAAAGAAAUUUUAGAAAGAAAAACCAUUCUGCCGAUUAACUCUUUGCUGAGAAUAAUCUGCACCCAGAUUACCAAUUACAAAGAACUCUCAGCCAAUUGUAUUUGUGCACAUGCAUAUCUCUCUUUGAACAAAAUAAUAUACAUUUGUCAGCGUGUGAUUUAUUUCACCUCCUCAAAGCAAGACUAAAUUAUGUUUGUUUUCAUUACAUUUAGAAACAUAGAAAAUAGGUGCAGGAGUAGGCCAUUCGACCCUUCGAGCCUGCACCGCCAUUCAAUAUGAUCAUGGCUGAUCAUCCAACUCAGUAUCCUGUGCCUACCUUCUCUCCAUACCCCCUGAUCUAUUUUGCCACAAGGGCUACAUCUAACUCUUAAAUAUAACCAAUUAACUGGCCUCAACUACCUUCUGUGGCAGAGAAUUCCAGGGAUUCACCACUCUCUGUGUGAAAAAUGUUUUCCUCAUCUCGGUCCUAAAAGAUUUCCCCCUUAUCCUUAAACUGUGACCCCCUUGUUCUGGACUUCCCCAACAUCGGGAACAAUCUUCCUGCAUCUAGCCUGUCCAACCCCUUAAGAAUUUUGUAAGUUUCUGUAAGAUCCCCCCUCAAUCUUCUAAAUUCUAGCGAGUACAAGCCGAGUCUAUCCAGUCUUUCUUCAUAUGAAAGUCCUGACAUCCCAGGAAUCAGUCUGGGGAGCCUUCUCUGUACUCCCUCCAUGACAAGAAUGUCUUUCCUCAGAUUAGGAGACCAAAACUGUAUGCAAUACUCCAGGUGUGGUCUCACCAAGACCAUGUACAACUGCAGUAGAACCUCCCUGCUCCUAUACUCAAAUCCUUUUGCUAUGAAUGCUAACAUACCAUUUGCUUUCUUCACUGUCUGCUGCACCUGCAUGCCUACUUUCAAUGUCUGGUGUAGCAUGACAUCCAGGUCUCGUUGCAUCUCCCCCUUUCCUAAUCGGCCACCAUUCAGAUAAUAGUCUGCUAUCCUGUUUUUGCCACCAAAGUGGAUAACCUCACAUUUAUCCACAUUAUACUGCAUCUGCCAUGCAUUUGCCCACUCACACAGCCUAUCCAAGUCACCUUGCAGCCUCCUAGCAUCCUCC